GACGCAGGGCGCAUGUAGCAGGGAAGUGAAGAGAGGAAGAAAAGCCUCUAAACUUUCGAGAUAUUUUACAAAAAUGCAAGCCAUCAUAAGUUAGCCGAGAAAGGAACUUGGAGAUCUCAGGUUGCUCCAGGUUCCCUCUACCAUGGCCAAGACCAAGAAAGGUAUGGACAGCCCUGCAGAUCCUCAGAGAAAAGGCAAAAAGCCCAAAUCUCUCGGUGCCUCUCCAAAAGCUAGUAAACAACUGAGUGCUUCAGGCAGCAGGAAGAGCACAGGGCCCGGCUUUCAGCUUCUCUCUGGUCAAACAUCCCUCAAACCACCAGCCGAAAACAUCAUCUCAGGAAACCACAGCUCUGUCCAACAAAAUGAACCAGAAACUUUAGAGAAACAGAGUUCUGGGUCUGAUAACGCUGACAAGAAAAUCCCCGUUGUGUCUGUACCUGCAGCCACACAUGAAGAGGAUGAGCAGAGAGUACCUGAGGGGGUUAAAGUGGUGAAGCCUGCUCCGCCACGUCUGGCUUGGAAAACUAUGGUCAGAUCAGCACCAGCUCCACCUGCUCUGAAGACUGUGAACAGAGAGAGAAGUGUGUAUGAGAGAGACAUGGAGUCGUCACCCACACAGCAUCUCAGUUUACCUCAGGAACUCAAAGACUCAACACAAACAGCCUCCAAGAAGAAGAAAAGAAAAAUGGGUUUAUAUAAUUUUGUUCCCAAAAAGAAACCGAAAGGGUCCAAGAAAGUGAAUGUGUCCUUAUCCUCCUCAAAUCUGCAGGAAGCUUCACGUAUGACUGGAGCCAAGGGCGGACAGAUGUCUAUUGAGGAGGCAUUCAGAAAUAAAGCUAGUUCUGAGAAACCGGAGAAGCAGACUUUAACUGCUGUGAUAGAGGAUGCAGAACCGCACAAGAACAAAGAAACUGAGGACGCUCCAGACGGCCCUGCUGAGGAAUACACAGAGCUGCCUUUACAUGCUCUGGCUCAUGAUAGCAUGUUCACAGCAAUCCCCACAGGCUUACGGGAGGAUAAAGAGAACAUGGAGACUGAUGAUACAUUGGAGCCUCCACUGUGUAGCUGCCGCAUGGAGACGCCAAAGAACCAGGAUGUAGUGACGCUGGCUGAGGGCAAGUGCAUGGCUGUGGAGAGUGUUGAUGGGAAGCUGAGUUUAUGUCGGAAAGUGAUCAUGAAGCAGGAAUUGAUGCGUCCAUCUCUGAGGAUUCCACAGCUCGUACUGUGUGAGGAUCAUCGUGCAGGAAUGGUGAAACACCAGAGCUGUCCAGGCUGUGGCUUCUUCUGCAGAGCUGGGACAUUUAUGGAGUGUCAGCCAGAUGGGAACAUAUCUCAUCGCUUUCACCGGAGCUGUGCAUCUCUGAUCAGAGGCCAGGUCUUCUGCCCUCACUGCGGAGAGGAGGCUAGUCAUGCUAAGGAGGUCACGAUCCCAAAACCUGACUGUGUUGCUUCGGUGCCAACAGCUGCUGUGCCGGCACACAAGAGAGACACUGCCUUAAUGGACAGGGCUAAAUUGGAUUCUGUCACUGUUGCUGGAGUAGGAGAUCCUGCUAAAGAAUCCCUGGAAAGCGUUUUAAAUGCAUUGGAGGAUGGCAAGUAUAAGAAAUUUAAGUUACCCCCAAAGCAGCUUUAUUUCUCUGCUAAGAGAGGAGAGCUGCAGAGGAUCUUGCACAUGCUGGUGGAAGGUGUGGACCCAAACUUGCGGAUGGACAGUGAGAAGAGGAAGACUCCGCUGCACUGUGCUGCUGAGGAAGGCCAUAAAGACAUCUGCCAUGUGCUGGUGCAGGCUGGUGCGAACCUGGACAUGUGUGACAUAGAGCAGCGAACGCCUCUGAUGUACGCCUGUAACAACAAUCAUCUAGAAAAUGUAAAAUACUUGCUGAAAGCUGGUGCUUCUCCUGCUCAUAAGGAUAUGAGAGGCUCUACAUGUCUUCAUUUGGCAGCCAGAGCAGGACAUACAAAUGUGCUGCAAUAUCUGCUCUCCAUGCCAUCCAUAGAUGUCAACUCUAAGGAUGAUGGUGGAUGGGCUCCUCUCACAUGGGCCACAGAGAACAUGCGUCUGGAGCAGGUGAAGAUGCUCAUUUCUGCUGGAGCUGAUGUCCAAAUAAGAGAUAAGGAGGAAAACCUGUGCCUCCACUGGGCUGCUUUUUCUGGCUGUGAUGAAAUCGCUCAGCUGCUGUUGGACCACCGAUCUGACCUGCAUGCGGUGAACAUCCAUGGAGACUCUCCUCUUCACAUCGCUGUCAGACAGAACCAGCUGGACUGCGUCAUGUUGUUUCUGUCUCGAGGAGCGGAUGUAAACUUGAAGAACAGAGAUGGUGAAACUCCUUUGGGCUGCUGUAAUAUAAACUCUAAGAUGUGGACAAUCCUGAACACCAAUAAGAAGCUGACAGAUGCGAGGAGAGGCCGAGAAAGCCUGAGAGAGAUGCUCCUCUGCAGAGAUGUCUCCCGAGGCUAUGAGGACAUCCCUGUACCCUGUGUGAAUGGGGUGGACCAUGAGCCCUGCCCCAGCAACUUCAAAUACAUUCCGGAGAACUGCUUUACCUCUCAAGUAAAUAUAGAUGAGAACAUAAAGCACUUACAGCACUGCAGUUGUAAAGAUGACUGUGCGUCUAGCAGCUGUAUCUGUGGCCAGCUCAGCAUGCACUGCUGGUAUGGCAAGGACGGCCGCUUGCUGAAAGAAUUCUGCCGGGAUGAUCCACCCUUUCUGUUUGAGUGUAACCACGCCUGUUCCUGUUGGAGAACGUGCCGGAAUAGAGUCAUACAGAAUGGCCUUCGGCUCAGGCUGCAGGUGUUUAGGACUGAGAGGAUGGGUUGGGGGGUUCGAACACUGCAGGAUAUUCCCGAGGGAGGUUUUGUAUGCGAGUUUGCAGGUGAAAUCAUUUCCGAUGGAGAAGCUAAUGUUCGGGAAAAUGACUCCUACAUGUUCAACCUAGACAAUAAGGUUGGAGAGGCCUACUGCAUUGAUGGCCAAUUUUAUGGUAAUGUUAGCAGAUUUAUGAAUCAUCUUUGUGAACCCAAUCUAUUCCCAGUACGAGUGUUCACCAAACACCAGGACAUGCGCUUUCCUCGUAUUGCAUUCUUUGCAAGCAAGCAUAUUCAAGCUGGAGAUGAGCUUGGGUUUGACUAUGGGGAUCAUUACUGGCAAAUCAAGAAAAAGUACUUCCUCUGCCAAUGUGGCUCUGGAAAAUGUAGGUACUCUGAGGUCGUUCUGGACCGGAACCAUGCAGAAAGCUCAGCCCAAACCCUCAGUAAUGAGACUGUUGCUCAGGUGGAACAUAUUCAGUCUUCUAACACUGCUAUAGCAAUAACUCAACCCUGAACCUUUCACGCAUAUAACAGGAUACGCUGAGGCCUUUAACAAGUAAAUAUUGUCAGGAGUUCAACGCAUCAUUUGCUGAAUCUCAGCUGCAAGGGAGGACAAUUUGUGCAGAGGAACAGCAUCAUUUUUUUAUCUAAUCACUGUGUCGUUGAGGACAUUUUUUAGAAAUACAGACUUUGUCAGAGGAAUAUUUGGCCUUUUAUAUCUAAAUGCAUGUCUCACAUGAUGUAUUUUAGGAUGAUGAAGAGGCUCUGUAAAUGUAUGACAAUUGCGUAGUAGAUGUUUUUACAUUUUUUUAAGCAUACACUUAUAUACUUGGUAAUAAAAUAACAGGCUUUUAGUGAUUUAUCAUGAGCAAGGGAAAAGAGGAAGUAGAACAGAUGGACAAGUUCUGCUGGCUUAUGUUUUAUUGCGUGUCUUCUCAGGAGCAGAUCAGGGCGGUUUUCUAAUCUGUUUUUACACAUGCAUAAAUUUCCCUAUGAAAAGGUUACAUCAUUUUAAUGUUAUACAUGAGGUUAAUAAAGCUUUCUGUGAUGUUCGUAA